AUGGCAGACCUCGUAAACGUCACGCCCAAGCGGAAAAGGGGAGCAGACGUCUCUGUUUCGCCGCUGAAGUUUACUUUUGAUCUCUCCACGACCGGCACUCCAGAAGAUGGCGGCAACAGCCCUCGCUCGUCGACCGUUGUACACAGGUUCCGCGGCCUUGCGCUUGGAAACGGCGGCGCGGUAAUUGAGGCUGCUGAUGAGAUGGACGUAGAAUCCGAUGCGUCUACGAGGAAACGCCAUAAACCAGAUCAAGAUGAUGCGCUGGUGCAGCCGCAGCCAGAAUCCCAGCUGCUGCCGGGACCGGAGAUGGAAACUACCGCAGUGCUUGACAUGACCGAUCGCGCCAUGCCACAGCUCGAAGUGCCGCCACCCUCGUCUGAAGGCCUCCUGCAGAAAGCAUAUCCUUCCAUCAACCGCCUGUCCGAGUCCCAGUCAAGGAAGAAGAGAGCUGGCACCCCGCCUCUCCGAUUUAAAAAAGGACAUCCUCAGGAAGGACUGUCAGACGCCGAUGACGAGGCGGAAGUCGUAGAUCCUUUGCGUGCGUCGCUAACCUGGCAUGAGGAUGAAAUUACAAUUUACGACCCCAAUGACAAAGAUGACGAUGGCACCGGUAUCAACGGCGUCGGGUUCAAGCCCACUCCAGCACUUGCGCAUGCACGGGUCAUGAAACGACGACAGCAAAUGGCAGAAUACAGGAAGCGCGAAGAGAACGAAGCAAGAAACCGGAGAAGUCAAAGACGCCGAGGAGAGCUGGCCGCCUCAGCUAGGCGAGAUCACAAGUCGCCGCCUUCAAGGAAGGUCAGAUUCAUGGACGCAGAGAGCAGAAACGUUACUAUGACGGCAUGA